AGAAAUUCUCACCUUCUAGAAAGAGAGAAAAAUUUCCGAGUUGGUGAUCAAGUCUAGAGAGAGAAACCAGGAAGCAUCCUCUUCAUUUACUGAAGUCAAACAAAAACUUGCAGAUUCAAUUCAAGCAUGUACUGCUGACUUUCUCUAUCUAGAAAAUUUAUUUAUUUUUGUUUUCCCUAUCUAUGUUUUCUCAGUCUUUAAAAAGUCCCUCUCUUUCUUUGAUCACAUAAUAUUCUCCGCCACCUCUUCCUUUCUCAAGUUUCUCUCUCUGGUUGUUCUUGUGGCCUCUUUGAGAGAUAAAGAGAGAAAGAAACUACAAGUGUUUCAUCAUUUUACACAGCCAUGAGCAGUCACGCGGCUUCGUCCAGCAAUGGAGGCAAUGGAUCGGGCGAUUCUGAUGCUCCAAGAAGGAAUUCAAAGCGACCCAAAUAUUCAAAGUUUACACAACAAGAACUUCCUGCUUGCAAGCCAAUUCUCACACCACGAUGGGUGGUGUCUGCAUUCAUGAUUAUUGCCAUUGUCUUCAUUCCUAUUGGCAUUGCUUGCUUGCUUGGUUCCCGAGAUGUUGUUGAAGUUUCUAAACGGUAUGAAAUAGACUGUAUUCCUCCUGAAAAUAGAAGCAAUAAGGUCCAAUUUAUUCAAAGCUCUGCCAAUAAAACAUGCACAAUAUCAAUGACGAUCCCUAAGCGUAUGAAGAAACCUAUUUAUGUUUACUAUCAGCUUGACAACUUCUACCAGAAUCAUCGUAGGUAUGUGAAGAGCCGAAGUGACAAGCAGUUGAAAAGUUUGAGCAAAGAGACCGAUACAAGUAGUUGCAAGCCAGAAGAUACCACAGCUGGGGGGGCGGCGAUUGUACCCUGUGGUCUAAUAGCUUGGAGUAUGUUUAAUGAUACUUAUAACUUCUCCAGGCUGAACCAAGAAUUGACUGUGAAUAAGAAGGGAAUUGCUUGGAAGAGUGAUAAGCAGAAAAGGUUUGGUAAAGAUGUGUUUCCUAAAAAUUUUCAGGGUGGAGGUCUUCAAGGUGGUAAAAUUCUCAAUGAAAAAAUACCAUUGAAUGAGCAGGAGGACCUCAUGGUUUGGAUGCGAACUGCAGCUCUGCCAACUUUUAGAAAGUUGUACGGGAAGAUAGAGGUGGAUCUUGAGGCAAACGAAGUCAUAAAUGUGACACUGGACAACAACUAUAACACAUACAGUUUUAAUGGCAAGAAGAAACUCGUGCUUUCAACCACAAGCUGGAUUGGUGGAAGAAAUGACUUUCUUGGCAUCGCUUAUCUCACUGUUGGGAUGAUAUGCUUAGCUUUGGCAAUGGGUUUCACAGCUGUAUAUUUCAUCAAGCCUAGGCGGCUUGGUGAUCCUACCUUUUUAUCAUGGAACAGAGGUCCUGGAUCGCAGUAAAAAUGCUUUCUGGAUUUCAUUUGAUGGCAUCCCUCCGGCACAUCCCUUCUUAUUUGUAACUUUAAUGUCUAUUAAAUGUUUAAAGCAUAACUUCGGCUUGAGAAGUAUUCUGUUUGUUUGAAAUUUUGAUUUCUAGGCUAUACAUCAGUUUUCUUUAUGUAUAAUUACAGCAAUAGUAUUGAAUACAAGUUAUUAUUUGUUUCCCAAAA